AUGUCACUUAAGUCAAUUUGCGUUUAUUUAUUAAAAUCGUUCUUAGUGCUGUUGUUUGCUCAGACGGGAUAUUGUAUAGAGCCGAUUUCGACUACUCUUUUAUUUGGGAUAUCAUCAGGCCUUGGAAUUAAAUACUUUGAUGUGAUUAAGGAAAAUACAUAUUGUCGAUACCGGGAAUGCUGCUCAGAUAACAUCAUUCCUUUUAACAUUGAAAAACUUCAAGAUAGCCUCGAAAAUCGUUUAUUUGGUCAACACAUAGUCAAAGAAAAACUUUUUCAAGCAGUAGCAUCUCAUUACAAGAAGAUUGAGAAAUCUCAAAAGCCUCUGGUUAUGUCGUUUCAUGGAUCACCAGGAACUGGAAAAAAUUUUGUAUCGAAUUUCAUAGCUGAAGCUGUUUUUGAGAAAGGACCUGAAAGCAAAUUCUAUCAUGUAUUUCAUGGCUCUCAGUAUAGUGACAGUGAUUUAAUAAAAGUAUAUAAAAAAGAUGUUAAAAAUAAGGUUCAAGAGGCUGUAAAGACAUGUCCAUAUUCAAUUAUAGUAUUCGAUGAAGUAGACAAAAUGCCUGAAGGAAUUUUCGACAGCAUCAAGAAUCUUUUAGAUCACCAUAAUAGUGUUAACGGUAUUAGCUACAGGAAAUCAAUCUUCAUUUUCCUUACAAACUAUGGGGCAGAGGAAAUAACUAAAACGCUUUUUCACUUAACAAACAGAGAACGACUAUACCGACAUGACACCAAACUUCAUCAUUUUGAGGAAAUCAACAGACUCGGUGUGUUCAAUGAACAAGGUGGACUCAAAGAUAGUCAUCUAAUUAAAUCAGCUGUUAUUGACUUUUAUCUCCCUUUCCUACCUCUUGAAGAAAGACACGUUACACAAUGCAUCAAAGCAGAAUUUGAGAGCUUCGGAAAGGAAUCAGUGACAAAAGAAGAGAUUGAGCAAAUAAAGAAUUACAUCAGCUUCUGUCCUGUAACUAAAUACUCUUACACCGGCUGUAAAACAAUACAUCCGAAGGUGAAAGCAGAAUGUUUGUAA